CCUGACCCGUCACUUCCCCGGCCUGGAGCGCCGCGGAGGAGGCUGUCCAGGGAUUGAGCGACAGAGCCACGCUAGGACCACCGGACCAAACAGACUACGCCCGAUGGCCGCGCCGGGCGAGCUCUGCGCGGGGCCGGGGGUCUGGAACCAGACAGAGCCCGAACCUGCUGCUGCCAGCCUGCUGAACCUAUGCUUCCUGAGAACAGCUGGGGUCUGGGUGCCCCCCCUGUACCUCUGGGCCCUUGGCCCUAUCUACCUCUUCUACCUCCACCGCCAUGGCAGGGGCUACAUCCAGAUGUCUCCCCUCUUCAAAGCCAAAAUGGUGCUCGGGUUCACCCUCAUAGUCCUGUGCACCUGCAGCGUGUCUGUCGCUCUCUGGAAAAUCCAGCGAGGAACCCCCGAAGCCCCGGAAUUCCUCAUCCACCCUACAGUGUGGCUCACCACAAUGAGCUUAGCUGUGUUCCUGGUUCACACCGAUAGAAAGAAGGGCGUCCAGACUUCCGGGGUGCUGUUUGGGUACUGGCUGCUCUGCUUCCUCCUGCCAGCUACCAGCGCCGCCCAGCAGGCUUCAAGAGGGGGCUUCCAGAGUGAUCCCAUCCGCCACCUGUCCACCUACCUAUGCUUGUCUCUAGUGGUGGCCCAGUUUGUGCUAUCCUGCUUGGCAGAUCAACCUCCUUUCUUCCCCAAAGACUCAGAGCAGUCCAAUCCCUGUCCAGAGGCCGGGGCCUCCUUCCCCUCCAAGGUUACAUUCUGGUGGGUUGCCAGGCUGGUCUGGAGGGGCUACAGAAGGCCACUGGGGCCAAAAGACCUUUGGUCACUUGGGAAGGAAAACACCUCAGAAGAACUCGUUGCCCAGUUUGAAAAGGAAUGGACCAGGAACCGCAAUAUGGCCCAGUGGCACACCAAGGCAUUUAAAAGGAAAGAAGGUGGCGGUGUGGAGGCCCCAGAGACGGAGGCCUUCCUACCGCAGGGAAAGAGCCGGCGGGGGCCGCUGCUGAGGGCCACCUGGCGGGUGUUCCGUUCCACCUUCCUCCUGGCAACGCUCAGCCUUGUCAUCGGGGAUGUCUUCAGGUUUGCUGUCCCCAAGCUGCUCAGCCUUUUCCUGGAGUUCAUUGGUGACCCCGAGCCCCCUGCCUGGAAGGGCUGCCUCCUCGCGGUGCUGAUGCUCCUCUCCGCCUGCCUGCAGACGCUGUUUGAGCAGCAGCACAUGUACAGGCUCCGGGUGCUGCAGAUGCGGCUGCGGACGGCCCUCACGGGCCUGGUAUACCGAAAGGUCCUGGCUCUGUCUAGCGGUUCCAGAAAGGCCAGCACAGUAGGCAAUGUGGUCAACCUCGUGUCAGUGGAUGUGCAGAGGGUGACAGAGAGCGUCAUCUACCUCAAUGGGCUGUGGCUGCCUGUCAUCUGGAUCGUGGUCUGCUUCAUCUAUCUUUGGCAGCUCCUAGGCCCCUCCGCCUUCACUGCCAUCGCUGUCUUCAUGAGCCUCCUCCCUCUGAACUUCUUCAUCACCAAGAAGAGGAACCACCAUCAGGAAGAGCAAAUGAGGCAGAAGGACGCGAGGGCCCAGCUCACCAGCGCCAUCCUCAGGAACAUGAGGAUCGUCAAGGCCCAUGGCUGGGAGGAAGCCUUUCUGGAGAGAGUCCUGCGCAUCCGGGGCAGGGAGCUGAGUGCUCUGAAGACCUCCGGCCUCCUCUUCUCUGUGUCGCUGGUGUCCUUCCAAGUGUCCACGUUUCUGGUCGCCCUGGUUGUGUUUGCUGUGCACACUCUGGUGGCCGAGGAGAACGCCAUGGACACAGAGAAAGCCUUUGUGACCCUCACCGUUCUCAACAUCCUCAACAAGGCCCAAGCGUUCCUGCCUUUCUCCAUCCACUCUGUCGUCCAGGCCCGCGUGUCCUUUGACCGUCUGGCUGCCUUCCUCUGCCUGGAAGAAGUUGACCCUACUACCGUGGAUUCGAGUCCCUCUGAGUGCUCUGCUGGGAAGGAUUGCAUCACUGUACAAGAUGGCACCUUCACCUGGUCCCAGGAAAGCCCUCCCUGCCUUCACAGGAUAAACCUCAGCGUGCCCCAGGGCUGUCUGCUGGCUGUCGUUGGUCCUGUGGGGGCAGGGAAGUCCUCCCUGCUCUCCGCCCUCCUGGGGGAGCUGUCAAAGGUGGAGGGGUCCGUGAGCAUCAAGGGUCCCGUGGCUUAUGUGCCCCAGGAAGCCUGGGUCCAGAAUACCUCUGUGGUGGAGAAUGUGUGCUUUGGGCAGGAGCUGGACCCACCGUGGCUGGAGAGAGUGCUGGAGGCCUGUGCCCUGUGGCCAGACGUGGGCAGUUUCCAUGCAGGAGUCCACACCUCGAUUGGGGAGCAGGGCAUGGCUCUCUCGGGGGGCCAGAAGCAGCGGCUGAGCCUGGCCCGGGCUGUGUACAGAAAGGCUACUGUGUACCUGCUAGAUGACCCCCUGGCAUCCCUGGAUGCCCACAUUGGCCAGUGUGUCUUCAACCGUGUCAUUGGGCCCAGCGGGCUGCUCCAAGGAACAACACGGAUUCUCGUGACCCACACGCUCCACAUCCUGCCCCAGGCUGAUUGGAUCGUGGUUCUGGAAGGUGGGGCAAUUGCAGAGAUGGGUUCCUACCAGGAGCUUCUGCACAGGAAGGGGGCCCUGGUGCGCCUUCUGGAUCAAGCUAGACAGCCAGGAGAUAGAGAAAAAGGAGAAACAGAACUGGGUAGCAGUGCUGAGGACCCUGGAGGCAUCUCUGCAGGCAGGAGGCCCAAGGCCAGACUGGAGAGCUCCAUCAAGUCCGUCCCCGAGGACAGCACCUCUUCAGAAGCCCAGGCAGGAAUUCCUUUAGAUGACCCUGAUGUGGCCGGACAGGCGACAGGAGAGGACAGCACACAGUAUGGCAGGGUGAAGGCUGCCAUGCACCUGACCUACCUGCGGGCUAUAGGCAGCCCCAUCUGCCUCUACGCACUCUUCCUCUUCCUCUGCCAGCAAGUGGCUUCCUUCUGCCGCAGCUACUGGCUCAGCUUGUGGGCGGACGACCCCACCGUGGAUGGGCGGCAGACGCAGGCAACCCUGCGUGGCGGGGUCUUCGGGCUCCUCGGCUGUCUCCAAGGUCGAGUUUGGAAUUCUGUACAUGGGGCUCCCUGUGCUUCUGUAAACUACCUCUCUGUGCCUAUAGCUUCUCCCUCCCCUCUCCCAUGCAUCCUGCCUCAGAGCCUGUAUGUGGCCAGCUCGUGCCAGCUGAAACGCCUGGAGUCAGCCAGCUACUCAUCUGUGUGCUCCCACAUGGCAGAGACCUUCCAGGGCAGUGCAGUGGUCAGGGCAUUCCGAGCCCAGGGCCCCUUUGUGGAUCAGAACAAUGCUCACGUGGAUGAAAGCCAGAGGGUCAGUUUUCCACGACUGGUGGCUGACAGGUGGCUCGCUGCCAAUAUGGAGCUCCUGGGGAACAGCCUGGUGUUCGUGGCUGCCAUCUGUGCCGUGCUGAGCAAGGCCCAUCUCAGUGCCGGCCUCGUGGGCUUCUCUGUCUCUGCUGCCCUCCAGGUGACCCAGACGCUGCAGUGGGCUGUUCGCAGCUGGACGGACCUGGAGGGCAGCAUCGUGUCAGUGGAGCGGAUGAAGGACUAUGCCCGGACGCCCAAGGAGGCCCCCUGGAGGCUGCCCUCCUGUGCAGCUCAGCCCGUCUGGCCUCAUGGCGGGGAGAUUGAGUUCCGGGGCUUUGGGCUCAGAUACCGACCUGAGCUCCCGCUGGCCAUACGAGACGUGUCCUUCAAGAUCCAUGCAGGAGAGAAGGUGGGCAUUGUUGGCAGGACCGGGGCCGGGAAGUCCUCCCUGGCCGGGGGCCUACUGCGGCUCCAGGAGGCCGCUGAGGGGGAAGUCUGGAUUGAUGGGGUCCUCACUGCCAACGUGGGGCUGCACACACUCCGGUCCAGAAUCACCAUCAUCCCCCAGGACCCCAUCCUGUUCCCCGGCUCUCUGAGGAUGAACCUCGACCUGUUACAGGAGCACAUGGAUGAAGCCAUCUGGGAGGCCCUGGAAACCGUGCAGCUCAAAGCCUUGGUGGCCAGCCUGCCGGGCCAGUUGCAGUACAUGUGCACAGAGCAAGGCGAGGACCUAAGCGUGGGUCAGAAGCAGCUCCUGUGUCUGGCACGUGCCCUUCUCCGGAAAACCCAGAUCCUCAUCCUGGACGAAGCCACAGCAGCGGUGGACCCGGGCACCGAGCAGCAGAUGCAGGCCUCCCUCGGGCGCUGCUUUGCCCGGUGCACUGUGCUGCUCAUCGCCCACCGCCUCAGCUCCGUGAUGGACUGCACGCGGGUACUGGUCAUGGACAAGGGGCAGGUGGCAGAGAGCGGCAGUCCGGCCCAGCUGCUGGCCCAGAAGGGCCUGUUCUAUAGGCUGGCCCAGGAGUCAGGCCUGGCCUGAACCAGGCCCCUCCACCAACCCCCACUGCCUGGACAUCCUGCAGCACCCUGGAGACGCAAGUGACCUGGACGGCCUGGGAGGCUCCAAACAAUGUGGAGUCUACACCCCGCUUUGCUCCCUGGGAGGAAAAUGGCAGAGAAACAGAGCAUCAGACCCCAAAACACCCAGGGCCCACCCAGCACUGUCCACCUUGGAGCCAGGGUCACAGCAUCCCUCAGCCCUGGCUGCCCCUGGACUCACUCUUGCCACGCUCCCCUCCCACCCGUUAAGUCAAGAUGCCUGGGGCUAGGGACAGCCACAGCAUGUGCUUUUUUACAGUUUCACCCUUUUAUUUUGGGCUAAUUCUAGAUACCUAUACAAAUCUUAAGAAGAAAUAAUUCAGAGAGACCUUUAACCCCUUAGGCCAUUUCUCCCAAAGGUAACAUCUUAUAAAACUCUAGUCAAUAUCACGGCCAGGAAGGAAAUGGAAAUUGACACAAUUUAUAAUACCAGUCUUCAGAUUUCCCACUUGA